UCUAGUUUGUAUUUUUAAACAUUUAAGGUUAUAUUUUGAACUUAAGCACAAAGUAUUAAAUUUUAUAUAUUGGAAUAACAGUGUUCAUGUGAUUAAUAGAUAUGUUUGGGUUAAAUGCUAAACGUAUUUUCUACGUUUGUGAUAAAAUUAUAUCACGUAAUUUUAUAAGUGGUACAAAGUUGGAAAUACCCCGGCGAAAUCCUGGUAUCGAUAAUAGAUUAAAGGCAUUUCGCAAUGAAGGUAUCAAGAUUCAGAAAGAUGAUGUUGAAGAAUUUAUUGAACAGUCAGAAAGCAAUUUCCAAAAUGUUGAUGAAGUUUAUGAUGAACAUUUAUUUGAGACAUUAAUUGGGAAACACGAUUUGCGGAAACAAAUCGUGAAAGAAAAGUAUUUUAAAGAAAAUUUGCCAAAUCUUCUAACAUGGAGUGAAAAGGAACAAAUCCGACACUUGGCCACAACCCAGCCUCAAGAAUGGACACCCCAGAGAAUUGCUGAGAGUUUUCCCGUAACUGAGCAAGUUGUUAAGAAACUAUUGAAAUACCCAUGGAAACCAGCAACAGAUCAAAGAAUUGCUCGACAUGAUGCAUCAGCAAUGAGAAACUGGCGAGAACUCAAAGAUGGGACCCUACCCAUUUCAGAAAGUCUACGAGAACACUUCCUUAAAUUCUCAAGUAGAACAAUACCGCCACUUAAUAGAAAAUCAAUUAAAAUGGAUAUUUCACAGGAAAAAAUGGGAGAAUUUGAACAAAUUGUUAGGAAACAUGCUAAUAAUGAAAAAAAAGAGGAGAAUAAUGAAGACCAUGAAAGCCAUGAAACAAAUAUGGCAGAUGAAACAAAAACUAAACUCAAUUCAGAUUUUAAAAGAGUAACAUUAGAUGAAUUAACUACUAAAAUUAAGACUCGUUUAGCUCAUGGUCAAAAUGUAAAUGUGCCAGAUAGAAUAAUCAUAGAUUCUAUUACAAAAAAUAAUGAUGAAUCUGAGACAAAACCAGAAAUAAGCAAAGAAAUUGAAUUAAUUAACGAAACCAAUGAAGAAAAAGGUUUAACAGAAUUCAAAGAAAAUGAUAAAAAUGUUAUUGUAGGCGUUAAUUAUCCAGAAAGAAUAAGGAUUCCCAAGAAGGCAUAUAAGAAAGGUGCAACUUAUAAAAUGAAUGACUGCUUCUAUGAUGAUGACGGCAGAUUCUUGUACCGAGUUAUAGGCAUGGAAAAUAAUUAAAAUAAGUAUGUACUGUAAUUAGUUUGUAAAUAAAAUAA